CGGAUUCCCGAGCCCUGCAGUCCGCUCCGCGCGCUCCGCCCCGGCCUCGCAGGUGGCAGUGCCGCAGCGCCCAGUGCCGCUGAAGUGCCAGGUGCAGGGGCUGGUGCCUGGACCCUUUCCUGGCCCCCAACCCCGGGGGUGUGGCGCCCAGAGAUCUCUCUCGGGCGGGUGAAAGCUCGCGGACCUGCACGUUGCCAUCCCCGCCCCGCCCCUCGCUCUGGCCCCCGCGGGCUCAAGACCUGACCCCUAGACGGUGCCGGAGGCUGUGCCGGCUCUUCGGACCUUGCCAGCUGUCCCAUCAGUUGGGGCGCGCUUGGAUUUCUUUCCCCAUUUCCCUCUUUUUAGUACAAUAAAAGGGAAACGGGACUCGUGGAUCCUUUUUAAAAAAUUUGUUUGCUUCUUUAAUCGGGGGGGCAAUUCGCUCCCAGCCGGGAGGUGCGGCCCAGGGAGGGGCCAAGAGCGGGACCGUGCCCGGUGCUGCCCUGUCUUUGUCUGCUGCCUCCGGAUGCACAGCGAUGGGGGAAUGGACCAUCUUGGAGAGGCUGCUGGAAGCCGCGGUGCAGCAGCACUCCACUAUGAUCGGGAGGAUCCUGUUGACUGUGGUGGUGAUCUUCCGGAUCCUCAUUGUGGCCAUUGUGGGGGAGACAGUGUACGAUGAUGAGCAGACCAUGUUUGUGUGCAACACCCUGCAGCCCGGCUGUAACCAGGCCUGCUAUGACCGCGCCUUCCCCAUCUCCCACAUACGUUACUGGGUCUUCCAGAUCAUAAUGGUGUGUACCCCCAGUCUCUGCUUCAUCACCUACUCUGUGCACCAGUCCGCCAAGCAGCGAGAACGCCGCUACUCUACUGUCUUCCUAGCCCUGGACAGAGACCCCCCCGAGUCCAUAGGGGGUCCCGGAGGAACUGGGGUUGGGGGCAGUGGUGGUGGAAAACGAGAAGAUAAGAAGCUGCAAAAUGCCAUUGUCAAUGGGGUGCUGCAGAACACAGAGAACACCAACAAAGAGAUGGAGCCAGAUUGUUUAGAGGUGAAGGAGCUGACCCCACACCCAUCAGGGCUGCGCACUGCGGCACGAUCCAAGCUCCGGAGGCAGGAAGGCAUUUCCCGCUUCUACAUUAUCCAAGUGGUGUUCCGGAAUGCCUUGGAGAUUGGGUUUCUGGUGGGCCAAUACUUUCUCUAUGGUUUCAGCGUCCCGGGGUUGUAUGAGUGUGACCGCUACCCCUGCAUCAAGGAGGUGGAGUGUUAUGUGUCCCGGCCCACUGAGAAGACUGUCUUUCUAGUGUUCAUGUUUGCUGUGAGUGGCAUCUGCGUUGUGCUUAACCUGGCUGAACUCAACCACUUGGGGUGGCGCAAGAUCAAGCUGGCGGUGCGAGGGGCCCAGGCCAAGAGGAAGUCAGUCUAUGAGAUUCGCAACAAGGACCUGCCCCGGGUCAGUGUGCCCAACUUUGGCAGGACUCAGUCCAGUGACUCUGCUUAUGUGUGAAGGGACAGGUUUUGGGAAGGCCUAGGGGAUAACAACUAGCCCCGCGGCAGAUGACUGCUCAAGAGUGGCUGUAUCUGCCCUCCUUUAUGUGACUCUCACCAUUGCGAUACAGGAUAAGGCUUGUUAAGAGAAGAUCUUGCGUCAGUGGGAGAGGAGAGAAAGUAGAACAGUUACUACAUGUUACACCACUGUUUCCACAGAGACAAUUGGGUAGAGUGAUGAGAUGGAUGAGUUGGGCUUCUUUGGGACCUUUUCUUUUAACAGUGGACUUGCACAGCUACCAAGUAGGACUUAGCUCUGCUGAGCUCUGUAUCCUGGUGAAUGGCAUGAGUCAAAUACUUCAUUGGUACAAAAUGUGUGACCUAUCUCAACACAUCCCUUCAUCCUGGGCUGCAGGACAAACGUCCUUGAGGUGUCCUUUAUGUAUCUCCUCCAUCAGCAUGCCCCUCUCCCUCAACCCAGGAUAGCAUGCCAGUUUUUCUUUCUGAAUCUGGCCUUACAGUAGACCUAAUAUGGUUUGUCCGCAAGCUAGAGGGAAUUACAUGGGGUGAUUUUGGAGAAUGGUCAUGGCAAAGGUUUGCAUUAGAGCCCCAUCUGAAUGGCCCUUAGUUAUUAUGAAAAACCUUAGGAAUGUUUCAUUCUUUCCCAUUUUCUAAGUCAAACUGCACUGGUGCUGUUUAUAAGGGGCAGGGGUUGGGUGGGAGGGAGGGAACUGCAAUAUGCAACUAUAAACUUCUGCAAAAUGGUCGUUGCACUGUUAGGCAUGUGGUUAUGAGCUUUGGCAUAUUUCUGCCUUCCAGCUAGUGGACUUUGGAUAGCAUUAAUAUAUAUAUUUUGUUAAUAUCAAGGGUGUCUAACCGAGCGAGCCACAGAAUUUCUAACUAGUGUAUUUCAUUCAUUUUCUUAUAUAGUUUUGUUGUGCAACAGCUGCACUUCAUUUUGCCAUGGUUUGAAUUUAUCUGUGUGCUCACACCAGAGACCUUAAUCAGCCUAUGUCAAUCUCUAUUUAUUAUUUUAUCAGUUAUUUUUGAAACACACACAUACACACAUACAUACACACACACACACGCACAAUUACUGGCUUAAGAAAUCUGGAACUAAACACUAUUGGCUAACGUGUUUACGGAUGCUUGAGACAUAUACCAAAGGUUCAAAAACCUAUUGCUUUGGACUGUGAAUAUGUUUCUUUCUCUUUGCUCUUAUUUAUUUAAGUGCCAUACUGAACCUUUCACAUCUACUCUGUGUUUAGUUAAAGCAUUAGCCAAGAGUAAUAUUUGGAUAAUGUGCUUUUAUGAAGCCCUGUUUCCUUUGCAUUAUCAUUAUGAUUUUUGAUUUAGAUAUGGAUGUGGUGUAACACACAACUGAGGAUUUAUUUAAAAUAAAGCUCUUGCCUUUUUUUUGUAAAAUGAGAAGUCUGCAUUUUUCUAUUUUGA